GGAUACUCAGGUGAGGUCAUUCAGGGGACAAAAGGUCACAGUUCAUGGGAUCAGAGUCCGUGCAACCGGUCGGCCGGUGCUGCUUCUGUUUACUGGCAGAUGACCGGGGAAACAUGACGGUUAACAUCCCAACUCUACUCCGACCUGGUGUCAGACUGCCUGUUCUGGGACUUGGAACAUGGAAGUCCAAACCGAACGAAGUCUCCACAGCCGUGAGGGUGGCCAUCGGCGCGGGAUACCGGCACAUCGACACCGCGUGGAACUACGGGAACGAGACGGAGGUGGGGCAGGGGGUGAGGGAUGCUCUCAGAGACGGGACGGUGGAGCGGAAAGAGCUUUUCAUCGUCACCAAGUUGUGGUGCACGUUCCAUCGGCCUGAGGACGUGAAGCUGGGUAUAGCGGACAGCCUGAACAAACUGGGACUGGACUACGUGGAUAUGUACCUCAUGCACGGUCCUCAGGGCUUCAAGGGUCCCAAGAUACGUCCCACCAGUGAUAGUGACUACGAUGACACAGACUAUGUCCACACAUGGAAGGCCAUGGAGUCCCUUGUUGACGAGGGUCUGGCCAGAUCUCUGGGUGUGUCAAACUUCAACAGCCAGCAGGUAGACAGGGUGCUGCAAGCAUGCAGAAUCAAACCUGUUGUUAAUCAGGUGGAACUGCAUCCAUACCUGCCCCAGUUAGACCUGAUCAAGUACUGUCAAUCCAAGGAUGUCAUCCUUACUGCGUACAGCCCCUUCGGCUCCACCCCUGAAGUAGGAAAUGAACCACGGUUAUUGGAAGACCCAGUAGUUGUUGCAAUUGGCAAAAGGCACAGGAAAUCCCCAGCGCAGGUACUUCUCCGCUACCACCUAGAACGCGGGAUCUCUGUCCUGGCAAAGAGCAUCACCCCAACCAGGAUCCGUCAGAACUUAGAGGUGUUCGAUUUCAGACUGACAGAAGAUGACAUCAGGACUCUGAACAGUUUGGAUAGGAACCACCGAUACGUCACGUGGCAAUACUCCAGAACACAUAAAUAUUACCCAUUCAGUGACCAGCCGAGGUCGGUACAAUGACGCAAUAUCACCCAAAGCAACCUGGUCUGUUAUUUUCUG